GGGGCUGCCCCGGUGCAGGGCCAGUGCAGGGCUGGCCGGCCAGGCGCCCCUGGGGCCCGUAGCCUGAGCAUCACCGGGGGGUUGCCGGAGAUGCAGAUUCUCAGGACUCAGUAGGGACCUGGGAAAUCGGGACCCUGGGGCACCCAUGCUCCCUCCAGUCUAGGUGAGAGACGAUGAGGCCGAGCUUGGGUCCUGGCAGUGGGUGGGGACUCCCAGGGUGGCUGGGAGCAGAUGAUAGGCCUCAGUUUGCAGCAGCAAGGGGAAGAUGGCCCCUGCGCUUGGCUUGGGCGACUUCAGGCUCAGACCCACGAACCCCCUCUGGCUCGUCCCCCAGCCUCCUAGUGUCUCCCAGAGGUCUCCCAGUCUCAUUCCUACCUCCAGCCAGCGCGCCCCCCUCCUCCCCCUUACUGCCCUUAGGAAGUGUUCCCUUCUUCACAAACAAGCUGGCUCCCAGCCGUCCUGGUAGUCAGGGCGGUUGCCACAGCAAUUGACAUCAGCAAUCGGUCCCCAAGGAGCCGGCACCUUACUGCCUGCCCCAGUGUCACAUUGCCGCCUCUGCAGGAGCGAGAGGAGGCACUUGGGCCUCCCCCUCAAACACUGCAUUUGGAGAACGGGUGGGGCUGGGCAGAGGAGAGGGGACCCUGGAGGGCGGAGGUGGGCGGGCCCUGCCGUGGCCUCUUCUCCCUGAGGCCGAGGCCCCAGCCCACUCAGCUCCUGGACGCUGGCGGAGCAGCAGCCCUCAGCCAUGGCAGAGGCCGGGCCGCAGAAGCCGCAGCUGGACAUGCCACUGGUGCUGGACGAGGACCUGACCAAGCAGAUGCGGCUGCGCGUGGAGAGCCUGAAGCAGCGCGGCGAGAAGCGCCAGGACGGCGAGAAGCUGCUGCGGCCGGCCGAGGCCGUGUACCGCCUCGACUUCAUCCAGCAGCAGAAGCUGCAGUUCGAGCGCUGGGACGUCGUGCUGGACAAGCCGGGCAAGGUCACCAUCACGGGCACCUCCCAGAACUGGACCCCCGACCUCACCAACCUCAUGACGCGCCAGCUGCUGGACCCCGCCGCCAUCUUCUGGCGCAAGGAGGACUCGGAGGCCAUGGAUUGGAACGAAGCUGAUGCCCAGGAGUUCGGGGAGCGCCUGUCAGACCUGGCCAAGAUCCGCAAGGUCAUGUACUUCCUCAUCACCUUCGGCGAGGGCGUGGAGCCCGCCAACCUCAAGGCCUCGGUGGUUUUCAACCAGCUCUGAUGCGGAGCGCCAUCCCCACCACCCUCUGCCCACCUGCCUCUCCUCGCUGCCCUCCUCUGCCCAGGUGUGUUUUGGGGGACGCUGGCUGCCCACCUGUACCCUUGGCCAGAUGCCCCUCCCUGCUCCCCUGCUCCUGGGGCCAGCGCGGCUCCGGGAGUGCACUCCAGGCUGCAUAGUCUAGAAGCCGGACCAGCUGCCGCCGUGUAGACAGCUGAGGCCUGGGCGGGCAGCGGGUGGACGGUGGCCAAGCCAGAUGCCUUCCUGCUUCACUGUGGGUCAGAGAGACUGAGAGACCGAGCGGCAGGCACACGCAGAUCAGAAGAACUAGCGGUCUGCCCCCACCCAUGGCAGGACCAGGAGACGGCAGGAGCUGCUCCCCCGGGGGUGGCCACGGCACCCGAAGCCCGUGCAGAGGCCAUCACCCGCCUGAGCCCUCAGGAAGACUCUGUUCCUGGCACCAGCCCGGGGCUCCGUGAUCCCUCAGGACCCUGAGGAUGUGGCAGGGUGGCCUCGGCGUUGAUGGGGACAGUGGGAGUGGUCGCACCCUGAGGCUGUGCAGGCCUAGCUCUGGCUCCUCUGGAAACAACCAGGAGUGUGGGGGGCGGGAAUAGCAAAGUCCCAGGGGUCCAUGUGUCCGUCUGCAUUUUCCUUCGCGAGCGCAUGCUCCCUGGGGUUCACAACGGAUGCUCAGGCUCCAUGCCUGCCUGGGGGCCUGUCCAGCAUUGGCCUCCCAUAGUGCUGCAGGCUUGUGAACCUGGUGGGGCUCCCUGAGCUGGGAGUCAGGUCCACGCAGGGAAGCGGGGAGCCGGUGCUGAGGGAGCUCCCCGUGCUCUGCAGCUUGAAGCAGUGGGUUUUCUGGGAGGGCCAGCUCUCCCCAGGUCGAUGCUCAGGGAAGGUGGGAUUCACCCCGAGGUGGCAUCCAUUGGCAUAUCUUGGGCUUAUUUAGUGGAGCCGAAGGGUGCGGUGGAGGGGCCUGGUGGGCAUUACGAUGGUGAUGGUCAGACGUGACCUGGAGUUGGCAGUGACAUGAUGGCAGGAUGCUGGCCUCUGAGGCCAUUGGUACAGCCCCUUACCAGACAGACAGGGGAACUGAGGCUCCACCCGCAGCAGAUUCAGUCCAGCCGAGCUUCAUCCGCUGUCACAGCGCACAGGCCCAGGGAGCUCUCCCUUAAGGGAGGGGCCUGACGUGCCACCCGGCAUCAGAAAGGCCACCUUGGCCAGUGUCCUGUCACCCUUCUCAGGGCCAGCCCUGUGUAUGGUCUCGCAGGUCAGGGCCAUGCCCACGACAGACCCUUCACAGAGAGAGCCAGCAGGAGAUGCCAGGGCUCUGGGACCCCUGGAGGGUCCGCGCCAUCAGUGAGGGCUGGAGCCACUGGGAGGGCCGCCCACCUGAGCCGUCAUGUGCGAGCCCUGAGCCUCCUGACCUCUGGGGCCUCUUCUGACCCUGCCUGUCCGGCUGUCCGCAGGUGCGAGGAGGCCGGACUCCCGCGCCAUGGCCUCUUGCAUUUCUUUGCUUGCC